AUGUCACACUCAGUGGAUGUGGUGCCGUUGCCAGAGGCCCUCCGACGCAUUAUCCAUAUGGACGAUUGUAGUAGCUCUAAACCAGAGGAGAUACAGGAAAAGGGGGAAAAUACAGAAGGUCAAGAAGAUGAACUUUCAGUUCCACUAACGGUGUCGCAACUACUUGAUCUUGUACAUGCCAUUAAGCAAGAAUACAUGCAGUUGGUGGCUAAUGUAGCAAAAGCAUCUGUGAAUAAUGACACAACGUUCUCCUUGUCAAAUGUUCAAGAACAACUCAAAACAAUGGCAGGUCCUAUAGCAGCGUUACAAAGAGGCAUUCGAAGUAAAAAUGCACAAUGUGUACGUAUAGAGUUACGUGCAUACCUUGCGAAUGAAGUAGAAUCACGACGAAGGGCACUCUCACGUAUGGGGGCGGCUCUCAGCAUUGCAAAACAGAGCGUUUAA